UCAGAGGUGGCAGAAGCAGGGCGGGAGAGUGCAUGAUUCCCCACCGGUAGAGUGGAGCACAAAGCCUUUUCUCCUAGCAGGUGUGAGAAGAGACGGUGACAGGGUGUGGGCAGCUGCAGCUUUUGGCUGGGUGGUUGCUUUGCUCUGACCUUCUCAGCUAGCAUCAGGUGGGUCGCCUGGGAGUGCUGGGCGUGUCUCCGGCUUUUUGCUUCUGAAAACCCGCCCGUCUCUUUGGCACUCGAGGGCAGGAGUCAGCCCAGACAUCCUGGCAGUGAACUUCCAGUUAAAAGCACCGCGCCCUAAACUUUGCUCAGUGUGGUCUCAGUGGUCAGCACCAUGGACAGCGAUCCUCUGGUGCGCCUUGACGCUGCUGGCUUUCUGGACCUCUGGCAGCGCUUCGACGCCGACGACAAUGGUUACAUAGAGGGGAAGGAGCUUGAUAACUUUUUCCAUCAUCUGCUAGAGACAUUGGACAGUGAAGUAAGUACUGUCAGCUUGUUGCUUUUAACACCACAGAGCACCAUAACAGAAGAAAAAGUUCAGAAGGUGAAAGAACGAUUUAUGUCAGCCUAUGAUGUGACUGCAGAUGGACGCUUACAAAUACAAGAGCUUGCAAAUAUGAUCUUGCCUGAGGAUGAGAACUUUCUGCUGCUUUUCCGGAGAGAAACACCUUUGGACAACAGUGUGGAAUUCAUGCGGAUUUGGCGUCAGUACGAUGCUGAUAGCAGUGGUUUUAUUUCAGUCCAUGAACUCAGAGACUUUCUACAAGAUCUUUUUCAGCAACAUGGAAAAGCUAUUUCUAAAACAAAGCUGCAAGAAUAUACAGAUACCAUGAUGAAGCACUUUGACAAAAAUAAAGAUGGACGACUGGAUCUGAAUGACCUAGCAAGAAUUUUGGCUCUUCAAGAAAAUUUUCUCCUUCAGUUUAAAAUGGAUGCUUGUAGUACGGAAGAAAGGAAGAGAGAUUUUGAAAAAAUCUUUGCACACUAUGAUGUUAGUAAGACAGGAGCGCUUGAAGGGCCAGAAGUGGAUGGGUUUGUCAAAGAUAUGAUGGAACUUGCCAAGCCCAGCAUUAGCGGCAUGGACCUGGACAAGUUCCGCCAGAUACUACUUCGCCACUGUGAUGUGAACAAGGAUGGGAAAAUUCAAAAAUCUGAACUGGCCUUGUGUCUGGGAAUUAAAAUCACCCCAUAGCUCUCCAUGUGUUUCUCCUAUGACUUUCCAAUUAUUGUCCCUUGUGAGAGCCUGCUGGUACUGGUAGAACAUUCUCAGUGCUAUGUGAAUAAUCUAUGUUAUAUUAAACUGAUCUGAAUACACAUUUGCAAGGAUGCAGCCAAACAGAAAACAUGUGAUGAGCAGGAACUAGUUGCAUGCUGUCUAAAGGAGACAUUAUCUGUGGGAUUUUAACUACAUUUUUAAAAACAGGUCCAUACUACAAACUCGCCUGUCUUUCUGAAGAAUACAUGGUCACUAUCCCAGAACUGCUGCUACAUAACAUCACAGAUCAUUGCACUCAAUUCCCUAGGCUGCUUUCCUAAAGCUGGUGUCCCCUUAUUCUUCAUGGCUGUGAUAACUGUGUGAUGUAUGAAAUUCACUGCAUUUUUUAAAAAGGCACAUCAAGUGAUAUUAUAUUGGAUGCCACUCACUGUAUUUGCAUAAAAAUAAAAGCUGCAGUUUAGAAAACAGA